AUGACUCAGAUUGCUACCACCCCGUCGCUGGAGACGGCGCGAGAAGUUAUCUCGAAGUCACGAAACUCCCAAUUUGCCCCGAACUUGCUACCCGUGACUGCCUCGAUUCCUGCGGAUCUGUUGACGCCUAACUUGGCAUACUUGAAGAUUGCAGAGAAUUCGCGUAUGUCAUUCUUGUAUGAGAGUGCUGCGACUACAGAGACUAUUGGACGAUACAGCUUUGUCGGCGCAGACCCCCGCAAAGUGAUCAAGACUGGCGCAGGCCAUGGCCCCGAGGCGGAUCCCCUCCCACACCUGGAAGAAGAGUUAUCUCAAUUCCGCGUCGCAACUGUUCCUGGAUUGGUUCUUCCUCCUUUGACGGCCGGAGCAAUCGGAUAUGUAGGCUAUGACUGUGUUCGAUACUUUGAGCCAAAGACCGCUCGCCCUAUGAAGGAUAUCUUAGGUGUUCCCGAGUCACUGUUCAUGCUCUUCGAUACAAUUGUCGCAUUUGAUCAUUUCUUCCAAGUCGUCAAGGUCAUCACCUAUGUUCCUAUCCCAGCCUCAGAUACCGAUAUCGAACCUGCAUACCAGAAGGGCCAGCAAACAAUCCAGAAGACCAUCGAGACUCUUCUACAGGACCGCACACCACUGCCCGAACAAGGACCUAUUAUCCAAAACCAAGAAUAUACCUCCAACAUCGGACAAGAGGGCUACGAGAAGCAUGUCAAGACAUUGAAAGAGCACAUCGGCAAGGGCGAUAUCUUCCAGACCGUCCCCUCACAACGUCUCUCCCGACCGACAUCUCUCCACCCAUACAACCUUUUCCGUCAUCUCCGUACCGUCAACCCAUCCCCCUACCUGUUCUAUAUCGACUGCCAAGAUUUCCAGCUUGUCGGCGCUAGUCCCGAACUCCUGGUAAAAGAAGAACGAGGCAGAAUAAUCACCCACCCCAUCGCCGGUACCGUGAAACGCGGUAGAACACUGGAAGAAGACACCGCUCUCGCCGACGAACUACGCAGCAGUCUAAAAGACCGCGCCGAGCACGUAAUGCUCGUCGACCUAGCCCGGAACGACAUAAACCGCAUCUGCGACCCAAUGAGCACACAAGUCGACCGCCUCAUGGUAGUUGAGAAAUUCUCGCAUGUCCAACACCUCGUCUCCCAGGUCUCCGGUGUUCUUCGUCCCGGAAAGACACGUUUCGAUGCAUUCCGCUCGAUUUUCCCUGCCGGAACAGUAUCCGGUGCACCUAAGAUCCGCGCGAUGCAGCUCAUCGCCGAGCUAGAGGGUGAAAAGCGCGGUGUAUACGCCGGUGCGGUUGGUUAUUUCGGAUACAACAUUGCGAAUGUUGGUGGGUCGAAUGAAGAACCUGGGGCUAUGGAUACUUGUAUUGCAUUGCGGACUAUGAUGGUUAAGGAUGGUGUCGCUUACUUGCAGGCUGGUGGUGGCAUUGUGUUUGAUUCGGAUCCUUACGAUGAGUAUAUGGAGACUAUUAACAAGUUAGGUGCUAAUAUUGCUUGUAUAAAGGGUGCGGAGGAGAAGUAUCUUAGCUUGGAGUCGGAAUAG